AUGCAGCCGCUUGCUGCAGAGUCUCGUCCUGCGAUGUUCUCCACCCUCAUCACGUCCGCUUGGAGCACCGUGCAGCGGAGCGUCCUUGAUACAACAUCCGCCAUUUGCAAGACUCCCCUUUGCAACAUAGCCGAAGUAGCUGUUGUCAGCCUGCUCAAGAACAUUACGCACGGCUGUCUCGUCAUCCACACCCCCUCCCGCACUUAUACCUUCCCUUCUCCCUCCGAUACCAGAACGACAGGAGAGCAUUCACUCAAAGGCUCGCUCAAGGCGGAGUUGACGGUAUGCAGUCCUGUCUUCUGGCUACGCCUAUGCGCUACGGGUGACCUCGGGUUCUCCGAGGCCUAUAUGUAUGGUGAAGUCGAUUGUGACUAUCUCAUCAAUGUUUUUUCGGUGUUCCUUGCCAACCGAGACUGCCUCUCCGCCAUCGACACCCCCCUCGCGCGCCUCCUCCGCGUACCCCAGCGCUUUGCCGCCGCGCGUCUGGCGAACAGCGUCGCGAACGCGCGCAACAACAUCAGCGCGCACUACGAUAUCAGUAACGACAUGUUCCAAGGUUUCUUGUCGAAGGACAUGACCUACUCCUGCGCGAUCUUCCCCGACUUGGAUGGGGACCUCUGCCCUACCGUCGAUUCUCCGCGAUUCAUCUACGACACCACUCCAGACCCCUCCGAUAUUGCCCCAACUCUCGGUCCAUCAGGCGCCCUGCCCUCUCCCCCUAUCUCCCCGGAUCCGAACUCAGACACGGACACAGGUGUCUCUAUGCCGUCCACUCUCGCCGAGCUCGCCGACCAGAACCAGAUAUAUAUUCAGCCCGACGUCCACGGAGGGACGUCCGUACCAGCGUCCGCCAACACGCCACCACGCGGUGCCACAGCGCAAAUGAACGAGGACGCGCUGCACGCCGCGCAGAUGUGCAAGCUUCGCCAUAUUGUGCGCAAGGCCGAUAUCCGCCCAGGCCACCGGGUGCUGGAGAUCGGCUCAGGCUGGUGCGCGCUCGCCAUCCAUAUCGCGUCGUCCGUACCGGGGACGACCGUCGACACGAUCACGCUGUCCGUGCAGCAGGCCGCGCUCGCGCGGGAGCGCGUGCGUGCCGUCGGGCUUGGGCCCUCGGGGAAUGAGGACGAGGGCGAGGAAGGCCGGGUGCGGGUGCACCUGAUGGACUACCGCAGCAUGCCCGCAGGGUGGGAGGGCGCAUUUGACCGCGUCGUGAGCGUCGAGAUGGUCGAGAAUGUCGGGCAGGAGUAUCUCGAGACAUACUGGGCGAAGAUAGACUGGGCGCUCAGGAAGGAUACGGGCGUCGGUGUCGUGCAGAGUAUUACCAUCCCCGAGGCUCGAUUCGACGCGUACACGCGCGACACGGACUUCAUUAGGAAAUGGGUGCUAUUCCCGGGCGGAUUGCUCCCGUCGUUCACCCUCCUGAUCGAGACACUCACGCGCGGGACGUGCGGGCGGCUCGUCGUCGACUCCGUCUCCAACAUCGGCCCGCACUAUGCGCGGACGCUCCGCGAGUGGCGCUUGCGGUUCGAGGCCCACUUCGAAGACGUUGUCGUGCCAGCGCUGAAGCGGGAGCAUCCGCGCAUGGUGGGCGCGGACGCGGACGAUGCAGGCGUGCGGGAGGAGAUCGAGGUGUUCAGGAGGAAGUGGCUGUAUUACUUCUGUUACUGCGAGGUCGGCUUCACGGCGCGCAUUUUGGGUGACCACAUCAUCACCUUCACACGCGAAGGUAACGUCGAAUACCGAUAUCAGGUCUUCGCUUGA